AUUUCAUCAGAUUAUGCUCAUAUAUAAUGACUUAGAACGGCAACGUCUGUAGACCCUACUCCAAAACAUAGCCAACAUGGUCGGACUUUUCAAGAUCAUUGCUCUUACAGCUCUGUCCUUUAGCUCGACGGUCGUCGCUCAAGAUCUUGCUGGCAUCACACCAUGCCCUUGCUACACUGCGACAACCUGGGCUGAAGACAAACAAUGCGCGCCAUUCCAGCCAACCUCACUAUGCAUUAUCCCUCUCUGUCUCAAGCUUGCAUUCACCACCAUCCCUGGACCGAAUAAACAUUGCCCCAUCACCCCAACAAUCACCUCCCGCCUGCCAUGCCAAACUGCCUGUCCAAAAGGCUGUCCAACAUCCACGCAGACAAUCACCGACUCGGUCGCCUGCCCGCCUCCAGCACCAACCCUGCCUCCCCCAUCAUCCCUCCUGACGUCCUGGAAGCCACCGAAGCCUACGAUCACACCGCCUCCGUCACAGCCGCCACGGUCUUCCCCAUGUUACACGGAGACAGUGUCAGCGACGCAGGUCUGCCCUGAGGAUCUGAUGGGUUGCCCACCGCCUGAUUGUAUCUAUUUGAGCACGAGGACGGUACCGCCGGGGCCAGUGGAGGGGUGUCCGAUUACGCCGACGUCAGUGCAGUUUAGGACAUGCCGUGGACGGUGCCAUGGCGAGUGUGCGACGCAAUGGAUCACUUCGACGGCUACGGCGUGGUAGGAGUAGAGUCAUUGAGUGGAAAAGAGGGUGGAUAAAUCUCGUGAUGAUAUUGGAAGCACAGUCAGACAGUGGCAAAUCUUGACCGGUGUCCAUAUGAGGUUUCACUGCGCUGAUGCAUAUUUGCA